AAGUCAUCCAGCCUUAUUCCUACCAUUCUAUCAUUCCUGACUGAGCGACCGAGGGACCGAGUGACUGCCUGAGUGAGUCCGGGACUCGACCGCCGCCUUGCCAAUCAGUGAGCUCGUCCUGGCCAGAUUGGAGUGAAAGUGGAGGCUGACUGACCCCGGACUCGACUGACUCGGAAGAGCAUUCGGAGGCUCUUGUUGUUACUAGCAGCCAUGGGAUCCAAGAAGAAGCAUAAUCCGCCUUGGACCACUCCCGAGGUUGAGGCCGUGGAGGCCUUUGACCGCUUGCGACGAUUGGUAGCCUUGGAUCCGGCUUUGGGCUGCUCAAAUACCACGGAAACACCGUAUUGCGCGCGAGCUCGACGUAAAUUUACAUGUUUCGUGUGUCACGAGGAUCAAGUUCAUGCGGCACGGGCCGUGGAACACGCCCGCACGGUCCACGCCACCAGUCGGUCCCCGGUCCAGGCCACGGGUGCCGUGAGGACCAGCCGUUGCGCGCUCUGUCCCAUUUGCGGGCUGCGACUUCCGUCGGAUGUGGCGCUGUGGAUGCAUUUGAUGGCGGAACGGGUGUACGCCACGUGUGAGUCUUGCCAAGUGGAGUUCGAGGAUGCGGAGGAUGAGGCCAUUCACAUUUGUGCCCGGUUGCCGGAGAUUGAACCUGAGCCGAGCAAAGUCUUUCUGUGCCCGAUUGGUUGUGCGGCUACACGAAAAUUCGACCAAGAUGGCAUUCUGCGUCAUCUGAUAACCCUCCACGGGUGCGCGGUCACGGAUAUUGUCUUUGACAUGGACGUUCUGUCACUUAAGCUCAAAAUGACUUCCUACGUGACGUGCCCGAUCUGCCGUAUCACAUUGAAUGGCAGUCAACCUAAUUUGGACCCGCAUCUCAUGUUCCAUUGUCAAGGACGAGGGGAGCUACAAAGAGAACUCAUACGCAGCAUCUCGGAUUUCGCCAAAGAGGUGAAUAUUGACCCGGACCUCUUGAUCCGAUUGGAGAUGGAGUCGUACCUGCAAGAUUGGCUCGUGAACUUAGCCCAAACGUCUUCCGAUCAUUUACAUAUUCCCACGGACCUGGUCAACACCACGGCUCGAUCUCAUUUACGGCGAAGUAUCCGCCGAGAUUCCAACUACGACGAAUUGCCCGAGAAUUUCUACCAGAAUUUAUUUGCCCAGUUGCCCGAGGCUCUGAAACUGACAGAUCUCCUAGACAAGAACACCAAAGACGACUUUCCGUUCCUCAUGCAGUUGUGGAACCUUCAAAUUGAGCGGUCGUACCGUAAUGAGGCCCGUUUAAUCCAAGUGUCCGCCGAGCUCUAUCGCGAUCUCAGGCGAAAAAGCCUGCUUGAGAAAAAAUCUGCCUCUUGGCCCCAGGCUCAUCAUUCAACCUCCAUCCUCCAAGACACGGACAUGCCCAAUAGAGAGGUUUUGGAACGUCUCGAAAAAGAUCUUGGCUUCAACCUUGUCACUAGGAACGACGAGCUUGCAUUGAAAGAGAACGGUCACGCUCAAGGUUUGUCCGUUCUUGAAGAACUCUAUUACGAUGAUCAGGGGGCGGCCAAGAAUGCAAUAAUCCGCUCUGAUCAUGCCGCCAAAAAAAUGUAGCCAAUUCGUAUGUUACUCCCAUUCUACAAACACAUUAUAGUUAUCAAUUUUAUUACAACAGAGAAGCACCUGGAA